AUUCGCACUUAGACCAGCCAGAAGGCUACCAACAAUCGGUGCUUUCGUUGUUCCCAACAUUUAGUUCGUGUUAUUAUUUUGUUCGGCGGCAUCCCAAGACGUGACCAGGCAACGCAUCCAUAAUGAAGAUCGUUUCGAUGUUAGCGGCCGUAGUGGCUUUUGCGGCCAUUACCACAGUGAGUGCAAAAACUGGCUAUGGUCCCGGUGAACAAGAUUGGGGUUUCGUAGAUGUGCGCACUGGGGCCCAUAUGUUCUAUUGGUUGUAUUACACCACGGCCAAUGUGUCUGCCUACACUGAACGCCCCUUGGCCAUUUGGUUGCAAGGUGGUCCUGGAGCCUCCUCCACCGGUUAUGGCAAUUUUGAGGAGUUGGGUCCCCUCGAUUUGUACGGAGAAUAUCGUAACUGGACCUGGGUCAAGGAUAUGAAUGUGCUGUUCAUUGAUAACCCUGUGGGUUCUGGUUUCUCUUAUGUCGACAAUAUCUUGCAAUUGACUUCCACCAACAAUGCCAUUGCCAAGGAUUUGGUCGCAUUCAUGAAAGGUUUCUAUGAAUUGCAUCCUGAAUUCGAAGAUGUUCCAUUGCAUAUUUUCUGUGAAAGUUAUGGUGGAAAAAUGGCUCCCGAAUUCGCCUUGGAAUUGUACUAUGCCAUCCAGAGGGGAGAGCUGAAGAGCAAUUUGAAAUCGGUGAACUUGGGUGAUCCCUGGACAUCGCCAAUUGAUUCUGUGUUGGCUUGGGCGCCACUUUUGUUGAAUAUGGGCAUUGUUGAUCAAGAUGGUUAUGAGAACAUUAUGGUUGCUGCCAACAAAACCUUGGAAUUGGUCGAAAAGGAGAAAUGGACCCAAGCCACCAUCCAAUGGAGUAACACCCAAGGUGUCUUGUUGAGAGAAUCCAAGGGUGUUGAUUUCUAUAAUAUUGAAAAGCCAACCCGUGGUGAUGCCUAUACUCGCAUGCUGCUCAAGACCAACAACUACAAAGAACAAAUGUACCGCACCCUGGUUAAAUUCGAUAUUGAUGAAGACCGUGACCAAAUCUUGGAAAAUUUAAUGCGUGGUCCCGUCAGUGAGGCCUUGGGUAUUCCCUCCAAGGUCAAAUGGGGUUCUCAGAGUGGCAGUACUUUUUCCCGUCAAAUGGGUGACUUUAUGAAGCCUGUUAUCCACAUUGUAAAUGAACUCUUGGACCACACUCCCUUGCGUGUUUCUGUUUUCUCCGGUCAAUUGGAUUUGAUCUGUGCCACUCCCGGUACCGUCAAUUGGAUUGAAAAGAUGCGUUGGAGUUAUCGCAACGAGUAUUUGAAUGCACCACGUUUGGGCAUCAGUGUCGAUCGUGUUUUGGAAGGCUAUGAAAAGACUGUCGGCAAUUUCAGCAUGUUCUGGAUCAAUCGUGCCGGUCAUAUGGUGCCAGCUGAUAAUCCAGCCGGUAUGAGCCAUAUCUUGAAGAAAAUUACACAAUAUGAUAAAAAUUAAAUGUGUUUUUUUAAUUGAAUGUAAUUAAAAAAAUGAAAUAAAAUUCGAA